AAGAUCAGCGUCGGGUUGGGGGGGGUGAAUUUGAAAUUAACAAAAUUUACAUGAAAACUCAAGUGAUUCAAAUAACAAUAGUUGGGGGACUGAGCUGCAAAUUUUCCUAUGCGCACCCCGAGUCUUUCUGUGGAACAAACCAAGCAUAUCCCACUGGAUUCGCCCGCAACCACCCAAACUGCACCAAAUGGCAAACUCAUGUCCUCUUAAGGCUCUGCACCAACCCCCCUACUCAUUUCUCUGCAGCUAAACCAAACAGCAAAGCUGCAGCCGUUAAUGGCUGUUUUGACGAAUGUGCCUUCGCUAUUCAAUCGCCCUCCGGCGGCUUCCCGGCCUCCUCGCAAUCGAAACUUCACGCAUUUGACAACUCAUAAUAUCCGUCUCAGUAUCUUUUUGGGGAAUGCAAAACUGUUCAAAUUCUCUACUUCUCGGAUCAACAGCUUUCAGCAUGAAAGUACUGAAAGCUAUGAGUCAGAAACAUCUAAAAUUACUCCUAAAGGACAAGAUAUAAAUUCUGAGAUUGCCUCAGGAAGUCUACAAAGUGAAACUGCAAGCACUGGAAGUUCAUUUCUUUCAAAAUUAGGGAUAGCCCUUGGAAUAGCUGCAGUGAUAACACUGAUAUCAGUUGGUAUGAAGCAGCCUAAUCAGGGAUCAUCUCCUGGAAUGCAGUUUCUGCGUGAUGGUUCAUCCUCUUCCACUCUAGCUGUACCUGCUGGUGCUUUUAGUUUCAAGGCUUUUGGAUACAGAGUUUUGCUUCCAGAAUAUGCCCCAGGAUGGAUCUACUUUUGGCUGCUGAUGGCUGCUGGUUGCGGACUUUUCAUUAGUGAAGAAGCUUUAAAUAUAUGGGUUGGCAUCACCUUAGCACGCAUGCUUUCCUUGGAUGGGACAUGUCAGUCUUUAGUUCAUUCGUUUUCUAGAAAUGCACCAUACAUAUUAUCCACCAUUGUGUGGGUAUACUGGGGAGUUUGCAUCAGCGAUAUGAUACCAUUUUACAUUGGGAAGAUUUUCAGAAAAUCCGGGGCGACCGAUGAUAUUUCUUCUAAGUUAGGGAUUGGCAAAGAGAAAGCAAUGGACAUUACACGCACAGUAAAAAAAUAUGGGAAUCUUGUUGGAUUUGUUGAAAGAUUUUCUAUUGGAGUGAGAAAUCCUACAGCUUUUUUGGCAGGGGCCAUGGACGUAUCGCCAGAGUGCUUCUUUGCUGGUGUCUGCUGUGGUGGUUUGAUAACUCUUCCGAUUCAGUUGGGAAUAGGGUUCUUGCUAAGAGAGCGACCAGUCUUCGCUCUUGCAACUGUUGCGACCGUAGUGGGAAUCUGGACAGUGUUCCCUUAUACUAUGGCUGCCUUGACAGCCUUAUUCCUUUACUUGCGACGCCGCUACUUCAGUUAGUGCUGCUCACCACCUGAGCGGAUUUUGAGGUAAGAUAUCAUCAAACCAUGCUAGUAGAGUAUUUAUACCGCAUAAGAUUCUGGAGAGUUUGUUCAAUCAUUUGUUGAGUAGUCUUUGUUUAGUAGUUGUCUACUUGAUGCCAUAGCCUUGAGUGCAUGUCCAAAUUGAUGUAUAGCUAAUAGAACAUUGACCCUUGUAUCAAUGAUUUUUCUUUUAGCGAUUGAUACGAAACUUUUAGUAGUUGGAGUCGGUUUUGGUUUA